AUGACAAUGAAAGAGGAAAUACAAAGUGAAUUAAAUAAAGCGAGAGAUGAUUAUAGAAAGGUGGAGAAGAGGUUAAAAAGACUAGACGAUUUAAAAAGAAAGAAAGUGAAGGAAGAUUAUGAAGGAGAGAUGGAAGAAUUAAGAGGAGAAAAAAAAGGAUUGAUGGCAAAGAAGAAGAACCAUUCUUUUGAAAUCAAUGGCACUUCUGAUAUCAAAUUUACUGGUAUCAAAUCUGCUAGUAAAUUUGCUAGAUUUUUUAGGAAAGGCAACUGUAAAAAAAGGGUGGUUCUCUUUGUUGAUGAAUAUGAUGUAUUGUAUGAAGCAGAUGAUGAUGUUAAAGCCUCAUUCCUUAGGGCCAUCCAUGACAUUAAAAAUGCAAAAGAUAAUUAUUCUCUCUGGUCUUUUGUGGCUAUUGGUCCCUUAAAUAUUUUACAUUUGAGUUCAAAUAAGACUAUGUCAUUAUUCAAUGUGAAAGAUCCAUUUCAAAAUCCAAAUUUCAUAAAGGAGCAAGUGCAACAUGCUAGACUUGUAUACCUUUAUGGAAAAGCUAUUUAUGCAGAUUUAAUAAGGAAGCUUGAUGAAAGAAGAAGGCUUGACUUUUUAAUCUGGUUAAAUUUUACCAUUAGUUUGUUGCAAAAAUCAGUAUUUGAUUAUGCUACCUUUAGAAAAAUGAUUAUUGACAAUGAAGAAAGAAAUUUAGCAGAAUUCUUAACAGCUGAGGGUGUGUUAAUUAGGGAUGAAGAGAUCAGAGAUAGAUUUAAAAUGUCAUCUGUUCUUACAAUUGUUUUGAAACUUCUAGCUACUGCAACUAAACACAACUCAAUGAACACUUUGUACAAGUACUUGAAUAUAGGAAUAAGCUAUCUAGAAGAUAUUUGGAUAGUACAUUUCACAUGUGAGGAUAAUUCAACCCAAAAUUCCUAUUAUCCAUCUAAUGAAGAAUUGAGUAAACUUAAUAUUGUACACUUCUUGCAUGAUGAAGAGUUUAAAA